CUUUCUAUGUCAGAAGGAGGUACCACAACAAGAUCAUGCUCUUCGGGUCGAUUCCUAACCAUCACGUCAGGGACUUGGUCAUGUAAUUCCGUUUUAGGUUUCUGUACUGGUAGUUCGUCUGCCACUUCCAGAAUGAAUUCUCAGUGUGGGUACGGCUCCUCUUGUACAAUAAAAGCCACCAACUCCUGGCUAACUGGAGAUCCGUGUUCAGGAUGCGGAAAAACACUGUAUUGGUCAGAUAGCUGCCCAUUGCUUUGGUCUUCAUGGUCAUCAUGGUCAGCAUGCCCCUCUGAUUGCAUAACACAAAGUCUACAUAGGAGUCAAUCCUGUCAAAAGCCUUCGGGGUAUAGUUGCGGAACAGCUCCGUCACAAUCCAUAUCUUGCCUACUGAUUGGUUGCACAUCUUCUACAGAAAUCAGUAGAAGCACGCCAAACGACCUGGUUUAUAGAAGUCUUACGUCUAACUGUUUUGUGGCCAUGAAAAGGACGUCUUUCACCUUCAGAGCCAGAGCAAACAAUGACCUCCAGCUUGCCUUGGGUACUCACGAUUGUGAUGACUGUGGUACACAUUAUGAAUUUAUAAUUGGUGGAUGGGGAAAUACUAAAUCUGCAAUGUACUAUGGAUUAUCUGGUACACAAUGUGCCACAUAUAGUCAGGCUAUUCUCGACCAAACGUUUUUCGACAGUUUCUGGAUUUCAUGGGAAGGGAAUAAUAUUCGAACGGGCAAAGGUGGUACAGUCGACAGCAACGUUAUCAUGACUUGUACACGUUCAACUCAUUUUGAAGCAAAUUAUAUCUUGAUCAGAACAGGAUAUGGUUCAAGUGGUGAAUGGAGAUUCCCCAAUGAUGUUGCAUGCAUUCAUGAAAGAAACGGCAAUGUUGACAUAACUGCUGACAAUACCGGCUGCAACGCAGUCAGCACAUACGCAUGUGCGUCUGGGUAUAAACAAACUGCAGGAAACACGCAACGUACCUGUGGGUUUGGGCAAAUAUGGUCGGGAUAUCCCUUGGUCUGUUCAGAUCCAACUUGCAAAAUUGAUAUUUUAUUCAUCAUUGAAGCAUCCUCACAUACAUCUUCCAUUUACUCAGCAUUAGUAUCUGCCAUUGGUGAUUUGGCGGGCGCGUUGCAAAUUUCAGCUAAUGAUAUUCAGGCUGGUGUUAUCACAUUUGACGACACAGUGGACAAGAAUAUCAAGUUUAACGCCUAUUCUUCCGCAUCUUCAUUGGACAGUGCUAUUACAUCAUUAUCAAUAUCAAGUGCAUCUUCGUCCGUGGACCUGGCCGAGGCUUUAAGAGUUGGAUUUUACGAGUUCUUUACAUUGUCCAAUGGAAACAGAUAUGAAGCUUACAGACAUUUUGUUCUUAUCUCUAAAACACAUUCUCAGAACGGCUCGGUUGUGGCAAAUGCUAUUCGACAAAUUUCUAAGAAUCAAGUUUUUACAAUCGGCAUUGAUCCUUCCUCAGCUUUGAUCACCGACCUUAAGGCGAUUGCUGGAGAUGAUAGCAGAUACUGGGAAGUGAGCUCCCCGGCAGAUCUUUAUCCUAAAUUCAAUGAAAUUCUACAGAAAAUCGCCGUUUGCCCAAUAACACCUCUCCCUGAUCCCGUCACCGUAGACUGCAAACUUGAUAUUACGUUUAUAGUUGAGAGCUACAAUAUGCGUUUUUCAAAGACGCUUUUGGCUGGACUGAUGGAGGAUAUUCCAAUAUCUUCGGAUGGAGUAAGAGUGGGCUUUGUCACAUAUGAUUCUGGGGCAACAAAGGAGUUUGGGCUUACAACUUACACAAGUUCUGAAACUCUCAGGGGAGCAAUCGAAAAUGUGCCCGACAGAACUAGCUCUGAUCACUUUGUGUACCAAGGAUUAAUAAAAGCUCGUGACAGCGUGUUCAUAGGCACUGAUGAUCGAGAGGAUGCCAAUAACCAUUACGUUUUUGUUGUGGGACCAUUUUACAGUGAAACAGCUGCUGUUUCGCGCGAGAUCAGAGGCAGCGGGAACAACUUUAUCUUUGCAGCUCAUGUCGGUUCCUCUUUUCAAUCUGAAUACCAGGAAUGUGUUGAUUCUUGUGGUGACUACACGAGGUACACUAAUACCGAUUCAUAUGAUAACAUGAUGAACAUCAGGGAACAAUUUAUACAGAAAAUAACGUCGUGUGAAGCAAUCAUUGAAAUAACCCAAGAUUGCAAAAUUGACUUAGUUUUCAUAAUGGAUGACACGGACACAAUCAGCACAUCUAAAUUCCAGGAAAUGAAAACUUUCCUCGUUAGCCUUGUCACCAAAAUAGUAGUUGGUGACGAUGCAGUUAGAAUAGGAGUCGUGACAUAUGGUGACGAUGCAAUCACCGUUUUCAACCUUAAUCAGUAUUCUACUGCCUCCGCAGUGAAAACUGCAAUUAAUGGUUUAACUCAAGGAAAUGCAGCGUACGGAAGGGAUCGCCGCAUUGUGGAAAAGGCCCUCUUGCACACCCUCUGGAACGUCUUCACAAAAGAGAACGGAGAGCGUGAAGAUGCCAAGAAUUUCUACGUUGUUCUAACAUAUGGAGGUUCCGAGGGCAUGCAGGUGUCAGACUAUGGAGCAGCACUCCAGUAUAAUUCAAUGAUCGAACUUUUCAUUCUUGGUGCCAAUGUCACAUCCAGCUUUGACUCUGAUUUUGAGGGUGCAGUGACUGAAGGAAGGUACAUGUCAGCCAGCAAUUUCAUAGAGCUACAGUGUAACAGCAAAGGGUUGGUCUCCAACAUUACUGAGUGUCCAACAGAGGACCCUGUACCACUUGCUACUCCUAGCUGCAAGUUGGAUAUACUAUUCAUACUGGAGGCAUCUAGUUCUUCUGCCGGUGCUAAAUUUGUCUUCCUGAAAAGCUUCUUUGCUAACUUGGCGCGGAAAAUCAGUGUCUCCUCGGACACAGUCAGAAUUGGUGUCAUCACGUACGAUUAUAAAGGAUACAGACAAUUUGAUCUUAAAACACACACGACCAAUGAUGACGUUAGUAAUGCCAUAAUGAAGAUACCAGAAGGUUCGGUACCCAAGAACCUACUAGAUAAAGCUUUACUGUAUGCAAGGACAACCUACUUCACAGAGGCCAACGGGGAUCGUGCAGACGCGGCUAAUUACUUUGUCUUCUCUGUAGAUGGAAUAAGGGCUGGUUCUGCUAUUCAAGGAGCUGUUAUCAAUGCUAACUGGCCUAACCAGGUCUUUGCCGUUGAUAUAAACAGUACCUACGCGCAAGAAUAUAAAGAUGCUGCUGGGGACAAUAGCCGUUAUUUCUUUGCCCCCUCCUACCAGAACCUGUCCUCUAUUGAAGCUGCCGUUUUAAAAGCCAUUAGCAAAUGUCCAUCGCCACAAAUUACAACCACCACUGGUGUCUCCCUAAGAAACAAGGCCGUCACUGCUCCUUGUCUGAACAGUUUGAUUUACAUGUACCCAAAGGAUUUGACAGCAUAUACAGGGGGAUCAAGAGGAAUGAUGUACCUGAUGACAGAUUAUGUAUUUAUAAUAACCACCUGCUCACGCAUUACGUCGUGGGAGUUUUCCUAUUCGAGGUCUGGAUGGAUAGAUUUUAUGGUCUGGAGACCUUCUGGAAAUAACUAUAAGCUCGUUGCUUACAACACAAUUUAUGUUGAAGGUGUCAAUUCGACUAUUUACACCGUUGUGGAAUACGAAAGAAUUGCUGUUCUAGAAAAUGACGUCAUUGGAUGGUAA